AUGGCGGCACAACUGAAAGAUGAGAUCUCGGAAGUCAAGGCCGAAAUGGACACAUUGGACCCUGGUGAGAACAGCAAGAGCAGCACCAGGGCGAAACAGAUGUCCAUCGGAAGGAAGAAGUUCAACAUGGAUCCAAAGAAGGGGUUGGAAUACCUGAUGGAGCACGGCCUGUUGAGGAACACCCCUGGGGACAUCGCCCAGUUCUUGCACAACGGAGAGGGCCUGAACAAGACGGCCAUUGGAGACUACCUCGGCGAGAGGAACGACCUCAACCAGGCCGUUCUUCAGGCCUUCGUCGAACUACAUGACUUUUCUGACCUGAUCCUUGUCCAGGCCCUCAGGCAGUUCCUUUGGAGCUUCCGGCUGCCAGGAGAAGCCCAAAAGAUCGAUAGGAUGAUGGAGUGUUUUGCGCAGCAGUACUGCAAGCAAAAUCCUUCCAUUUUCAGCAACACUGAUACGUGUUAUGUCCUGUCCUUUGCCAUAAUUAUGCUCAACACAUCCCUGCACAACCCAAGUGUGAAAGAGAAACCAACAAUUGAGCAGUUUAUCAACAUGAAUCGAGGCAUUGACAAUGGAGGGGAUCUUCCACGAGAACUCCUCAUGAGCUUGUAUGAGAGCAUCAAGACAGAGCCAUUCAAGAUCCCAGAAGAUGAUGGGAAUGACCUCAUGCAUACCUUCUUCAAUCCAGACAAAGAAGGCUGGCUAUGGAAGCAGGGUGGAAGGUACAAGAAUUGGAAGAGAAGAUGGUUCAUCCUGAAUGACAACUGCCUUUACUACUUUGAAUAUACCACCGACAAAGAACCAAGAGGCAUCAUCCCAUUGGAGAACCUGCGAGUCCGAGAGGUCAAUGACAGAAACAAGAGCAACUGUUUUGAAGUUUACAAUGAUACAUCUGAGCUCAUCAAGGCCUGCAAAACUGACUCAGAUGGCAAGGUUGUAGAAGGGAAGCACACUGUGUAUAGAAUGUCAGCUGCCACACCAGAAGAAAAGGAAGAGUGGAUGAAAUGCAUUCGGGCAAGCAUUAGCCACAACCCAUUCUAUGAUAUGCUGGCAAGCCGAAAGAAGAAGGCGAAGAUGCAAAAGAAUAGCAUAUUGGCAUUCUCACAUCUUGGAACAUAUAGAGAUCAACUGUGCAACACUGACUUGACCCGAGGAUCAUGGAAGACCGAACUGGUAUCUGUACUCCUUGCCGGUUCGCUGUCGCGAAACGGGAGAAUGAAGCCGAAGAAGAGUAAGGCGAGCACAAGCAGCAGCAGCAGUAGCAGCACGAAGAAGAAAAGUGCCAAAGUGCAUACGGGUAGUGCCUCCAAGUUGAAGUUCGUGAAGCCAGAGGAGCGCUCCAGCAGCCCUUUCCCGUCCGGGAGUCGAGAUAGGAAGGAGAACAAGGACGAUGUGGUGUCUCUGGAAGACUGUCCCCUCACGUUCCCCGAUGUCCUGCCCAUCGAUCACUGCGAACUCUCCAAAUACAGCUCCAUAUUGGAGAGUUCAAAUUUGGAGGCUUUGACGGUGGAGGAAAUAGACCAAUUGCAGUUGGAGUUGGAAAGUCUCCUCUCAGCUGCAGCUCAACGUCAGCUUUCACUUCAUCAUGAGCUUGUAAUACUUGACUCAGCAGAUGCCAAAGGGGACAAAACCAUGACUCCGAAAUUCCUGGGUCUCUCAAAGAAUUCUUUGUCCAUAUCAAAAAAGGGCAAGACAGAGGACAAGUCCAUGAAGAGAUUCCGAGAUUCCCUGUCUCGAUCGAAGGACUUGAUUCUACCUACAGUGAAACCCAAGGCAAAGAUGAAUCUGAAGUUGGAUGCAAGCCCAAGCGUCCCUCAUGAAUAUGCACACGAGAGUCCUUUAUCUCCUGUGGUGGUGCACAAGUUGGAUGUUCCUCGAAAGUUCUGGGAAUCCGUCGAGCCUUACUGCGCUCCCAUAUCGAGUGAGGAUGUUCAGUUUCUGGAAAAUACUUUGAGGAGUUAUGAUUCGUUGGAGAAGGAUCUCCUACAGGUUCCUACUCUUGGCACUCAUUACACCCUCAAGUGGGCUAUGGAGGAUGUUGAAGACCAGAAAGGUGGAAAGAAGAAACCCUCCACUCCCACUCAGGCUACUAAUUGGAGUUCCAAAUAUGGGGAGGAAGUGUCCCCAUUUGGGCCUCUCACACAGCGUCUAGUCUCUGCCCUCAUGGAACAAGGCUCAGGAUCUGAUGUGGUGACAGAUGAAAACCUGAAGGUAUCCUGCAGCGAAAAGGAUGUUAUCAGCUCCCUUGGCAUCACAAAUGCCAUCCAGCUAGAAAGGCGAAUCAAAAAGGAGCUGGAAGAACAGGGAUUGCUGGAUCCUGAUGACCCAUCCCAGGACAUGGAGCAGCUUGAUGAUCCCAACGAUGAGAUUCUAAGAGAGCUUCGCCGAUGUCAAGGGGAAUUGAAGAAACUGGCUGGGCACAAUCAGCAACAGAUAAGACGUCUGUUGCGUGUUGCCACUCUUCACAUCCACAAACAGGAGCUGGAAAAGCAGCUUGACAAGUCUGAUGAAAUUGUGAUAGAGUCGUACAAACGGAUAGCAGCAUGUCGUCAAAAGAAGAAACCCCCUAGUAAAAAGGACAAGGACUUGGCUUGGAAAGGCGUGAAGGACAGAGGGGCCAUCGUGGAACGCAUCCGUCAACCUUGUUGUCAAGACAAAGUCACAGCCUUGUUUGUGGAAUUUGAACCAUUUGCAACAACACUAGAUGCUGUUGUUGAGGACCUCCUGGCAAAGUGUCCCGGUCUCCAUGUCGUCGUUGCAUCUGAAGAGUUCCCUUAUCCACCUCCAAGAGUGGUGCUUGAGGAAAAAGUAGAGCUAUUACUCCUGAAUCCUACCUGGGGACACAAGCAUCCUCAAUUGGUCCUUGAGAAACCAUAUUUGGUCCUUUUCCCUGACUCAGCCUCUAUAUCCAAUGCUACCACCCUUGCUUUGGCCAUCAAGGAGCUCUUCUCAUCUAAUUACACCUUUUUGGCACUCCCUGCUUUUCAAAAUGCAACAUGUUCCAAGUCAGAGCUCAAACAGAUUGCACCACUGGCCAUUUGUCCUCAGAUGAGUUUGGAUGUCAAGAGGUGGACAUUGACCAAGGAAGAAAGUACCAAUGAGGAAUGCCAGGGAGUCGAUGGGAGGCACACAGUACUCCUGUCGACUGAGAGCUUCUUCAGCCUUCCUAGACCUUUCAUGAGGCCCAUUCCUGAAUCUCUUUAUAUCCAAGGUCUCAUCAAGCACUGGAGGGGUAAACUGCACUCACAGGCAGUGGUGUCUCUCCCUGCUCCUACCUGGGAGAAGAGGGUGGUGGAGAAACACUCUCAAUACAAUGAAGCCCACCGGAGGCAUUUGUAUCAUGAGGUUGGAGUGAAGUUAGUGGCUGGUCCCAGGGGGAUGACAGAAUGGUUUGGGUGCACCAAGGACACCCCAAGAUGUUUCCCCAGCAUCGAUCCCCAUACUGAGAUCCCUCAGUACUUGUUUGCAGGAAGGUGGACUCCACCAUGUUGCCUGAAGGCCUUGAGGAAAACCACACUUCAUGUCUUCCAAACGCUUGACCGUCUCAAGGUCCGCUAUUGGCUGGAAGGAGGGAGUCUCCUGGGAGCAGUCCGCAAUGGAGACAUCAUCCCCUGGGACUACGAUGUGGACCUUGGGGUCUACCGUGAAGACUUGCAGAAGCUUAGGAACUUUAGCCACCUUGAGGAAGGACCCUUGGUGGACCAGAAGGGGUUUGUCUGGGAGAAGGCACGAGAGGGAGAUUUCUUCCGGGUGCAUUAUGGUGUCCACAACCGUGUGCAUGUGGACCUCUUUCCAUUUGAGUCUCGAGAUGGGACAAUGACCAAGGACUUCUGGUUUGAAUCACACCCCCAAGACCGAGAGUUCCCUGAAUCCUUCCUCCAACCCAUAGAGCGUAUGCCUUUCCUCAGCUACGAUGCUCCUGUUCCGAACCGAGUCAAGGAGUUCCUGGAGCUGAAGUUUGGGGCUGGAGUUGUGGAACACCCAUCCUAUCCUUCCCCUCAUUUCUUGCCAAGCUGGAUGAAGGAUGAUCCCAAUCUUCAGUUUGCAGAAGCGGAUUUCGCCGCAGCCGAAUCCGACAAUAUUGCACACGAUGCGUCCAAGGCCACCACCGACCGCAACAAUGCCGUUUAG